AUGGAGGAGACCCCGGCGUGGGAGCCCGAGGGCUGGGGCUCCUCUGGGAGGUGGCCAGCGCCCCGGGGGGCCCGAGCAGCGCCCCCUGCCGCAGGCCCGUCGCUGUCCUCGGUUCUGAAUGAGCUGCCCAGCGCUGCUACCCUCCGCUACCGAGGCCCUGGGGUGCUGCCCUGGGGGGCUCUGGAGGAGGAAGCGGAUGGCGAGGGGAGCACCCAGGCCUUCGAGGGAGCCGCCCCGGAGCUGCAGGAGCCGCUGCCUCCCCGGGAGCUGCCCUGGCCCAUGCAGGCGCGACGGGCGCGCAGGCAGAGCCACGCCAGGGACCAAAUGGCUCAGGGUUCAAGUUCCCGGGUGGCCAACUGGGCCCUGCUGCUUCGGAGGUCCAAGGAGAAGAUGCAAGAAGGCCUACACACCUUGGAGCCCUGGGCGUGGGUGCUGAAGAAGAUCGGGGGCCAGUUUGGAGCGGGCACCAAGUCCUACUUCUUGCUGCUGCGCUUCCUGCUGUUUCUCAACGUGUUGGCCUCAGUGCUAAAGGCCUGCAUGACGCUGCUGCCCACCUGGCUGGACGGGGGUCCCAUGGAUCCCCCUGACCCUGGCCCUUCCUCGCCCUGCGGCUCCUAUGACCCCCGCCCCCAGGGCCUGAUUACCUUCCCCUCCCAGCUCUUCAACCUGCUCUCUGGAGAGGGCUUUUUAGAAUGGUCCCCUCUCUUCUAUGGGUUCUACCCGCCACGCUGGCGCCUGGCCGUCACCUACCUGUGCUCCACCUUCACCGUCGGCCUCCUGUCCCUGCUGCUCAUCCUGCGCCGCUCGGUGUCCGGGCUGAAGCAGACGCUGUUGGCCGAGGCCGGAGUCCUGACCAGCUACAGCCACCGCGUGUUCUCCGCCUGGGACUUUGGUCUCCGCGGGGAGGCCCACGUGCGGCUGCGCCAGCGCCUCAUCCGCUUUGAGCUGCAGGUGGAGCUGGAGGAAGCGGAUGUGCGGCGCCGGGCUGCGGUGCGGACCCUGGGCCAGCAGGUCAGGGUGUGGUCGGUGCGGUCGCUGCUCAACCUGCUGGUGGCCGCGCUCCUGGGGGCCGCCUUCUACGGCAUCUACUGGGCUACAGGGACCACGAGGAAGCUGCAGGACUUGCCCCUUGUCAAGGAGACGGCGCUGCUAAAGCUCGGGGUGGAUUACCUCCCCUCCAUCUUCAUCUCCGGGGUCAACUUGGUGCUGCCGCCCGUGUUCAAGCUCCUCGCCCCGCUAGAGGGCUUCACCAGGAGCCACCAGAUCGUUUUGAUCCUGCUCAGGACCAUGUUCCUCCGCCUGGCCUCCCUGCUGGUCCUGCUCUCCUCUCUCUGGAGUCAGAUCACUUGCAGGGACGAAGGCGCAGAGGCCGAGGCGUGCAAAGCCUGUGGCUACAACUACAAAAAACUGCCGUGCUGGGAGACUCGGCUGGGGCAGGAGAUGUACAAACUCCUGCUUUUCGACCUGCUGGCGGAAGUGGCCGUCACGCUGCUGGUCCAGUUCCCCCGGAAGUUGCUCUGUGGCCUCUGUCCCGGGGCGCUGGGUCGUUUGGGGACCCAGGAAUUCCAGGUGCCCGACGAGGUGCUGGGGCUCAUCUACGCGCAGACAGUGGUCUGGGUGGGGAGUUUUUUCUGCCCUCUGUUGCCCCUGCUCAACACAGUCAAAUUCCUGCUGCUCUUCUAUCUGAAAAAGCUCACCCUCUUCUCCACCUGCUCCCCGGCCUCCCGUACCUUUCGGGCCUCCACGGCGAACUUCUUUUUCCCCAUGGUCCUUCUCCUGGGUCUGGCCAUCUCGGCCGUUCCUGUGCUUUACAGCAUCUUCCUGAUCCCGCCUUCUAAGCUGUGUGGUCCAUUCCGGGAGCAGCCGUCCAUCUGGGCCCAGAUCCCUGAGUCUAUUUCCAGACUCCCUCAGAUGGCCCAGAACUUUCUCUUCUUCCUGGGGACCCAAGCUUUUGCUGUGCCCCUUCUGCUGAUCUCCAGCAUCCUGAUGGCGUAUACCCUGGCCCUGGCUAACUCCUAUGGACGCCUCAUAUCUGAGCUCAAACGGCAGAUAGAGACGGAGGCACAGAAUAAAGUCUUCCUGGCACAGCGCGCUGUGGCCCUGAGCUCGGCCCGCGGGGCUCUUUGAGCUCCCUAGCCUGGCUCAGGGUGACGCCCCACUCUCAAACCCAGAUCCGCCCCAAACCCUUUGUAAGCCAUGGGCCACGUCAUCCGUAAAAUGGGAGGACUGGAGAAGACUGUACUUCCUUCCAGCCUGCGAUUCUGAGAUUUCCAGGGCCCCGGACCCCCUGACUGUCUAGUGAACCUCAUUCUUGUAUCAAUAAACACGGCGCAGUCCUCUGAGCGCUUUUUGAAA